AGCAGUCAGGCAAAACGUUGAGCGUUUUAAGAUUUGCACGUGGUUGUGUUGACGUUUUCUUUUUUUAACAUGGAAAAAUGCGAUGAUUUGGUAAUUAAAGACAAUGAUCCUGUACCUACCGAAAACUCAAAUGAAGAGGUCACAUUCAAAUCGUUGGGUGUUGUUGAUGUUUUAUGUGCGGCUUGUGAGCAGUUGAAAUGGAAAAGUCCAACGGCAAUUCAAAAGGAAGCUAUUCCUGUUGCUCUUGCAGGCAGAGAUGUUAUUGGAUUGGCUGAAACAGGUUCUGGAAAGACUGGUGCUUUCGCUAUACCUGUUAUACAGGCUUUGUUAAAGACUCCUCAAUCAUUUUUUGCAUUAGUUUUGACACCUACAAGGGAGCUGGCUUUUCAAAUUGGAGAACAGUUUGAGGCUUUAGGUUUAUCAGCAGGAGUUAAAACAGCUGUCCUUGUAGGUGGAUUAGAUGUGGCAACACAGCGUACAGCAUUGUCAAGAAAUCCACAUAUUAUAAUUGCAACACCAGGAAGAUUACUGGAUCAUCUGGUAAACACUAAAGGUUUCAGCCUUAAGAAGCUUAAGUUUCUGAUUAUGGAUGAAGCGGACAAAAUCCUAGAUAUGGAUUUUGAGGAAGAUGUUAACAAAAUAUUGACAGCUAUACCCCGAGAAAGAAACACAUAUUUGUAUUCAGCUACCAUGACAAAGAAGGUUCAAAAACUGCAACGAGCAUCUUUAACGGAUCCAGUAAGAGUAGAAGUUUCAAAAAAGUAUCAGACAGUAGAAAAACUUCUCCAGUAUUAUAUGUUCAUUCCUCUGAAACAUAGAGAUGCUUAUUUGGUUCGUGUUUUGAAUGAUUUUGAUGAAUCUUCUAUAAUUAUAUUUUGUGAUACACAUAAAAUUACUCUCAGAACUGCCUUGCUACUGAGAAAUCUUGGAUUUCCAGCCCUUCCUUUGUAUGGCAAGCUCAGUCAGGAAAAAAGGCUUGGAGUGCUACAAAAAUUUAAAUCGAAAUCAAGGUCAAUAUUAGUUGCAACAGAUGUUGCUAGCAGAGGGCUUGAUAUUCCACAUGUGGAUGUUGUCAUCAACUUUGAUUUCCCUGUAAAUCCUAAGGAAUAUUUUCAUAGAGUUGGAAGAACUGCUAGAGCUGGACGUGAAGGAAAAGCCAUUUCAUUUGUCACGCAGUAUGAUGUUCAAAACUAUUUGGAUACUGAAUGUUUGAUUGGAAAGAAGCUUCCAUUGUAUCCUAUUGUAAAUGAAGAAGUAAUGGUACUUUUGGAAACAGUUGCUGAAUCACGGUUGCAUGCUGAAAAGGAAAUGGAGAAGGAACUGGAGAGGAAAAAUAAAAGGAAACAUAGGAAUGAAGAUGAAAAUUCAAAAGAUGUGAAAAAUAGAUUCAAGAAGAAAAAAAAGCAUAAUUAAUUUUUUUAAUAGUUCUUUACUUUUGUAAAUAUUUCUAUAAAGUU